AUGUGGUGGUUGCUGUGGUUGAUCGCCCCCUUGCUGGUUCUCUUCUGCUCCCUGGAUGUGUGGUACUUCCUCCGGGUCGCUGCUGUGCUCCUGCGAGCCUGGUUCCAGCCUCAAAUCCGGGACAUCACAGCAGAGCAGACCCUCACAGGCUGGGUCAGCCCCCAUGACAUCGACAUGUGCCACAUGAACAAUGCCCGUUACCUGCGGGAGUGUGACUUUGCCCGCUUGUCCCUCUACAUACGCAACGGGGUAUUUAAGGGAUUGCGAGCACUCAAAGCUUCAAUGGUCGUGGGGGCAACCACCAUCCGCUACCGCAGGGCUCUGUGUAUAGGGGAGGGGUUCGAGCUGAGGAGUCGCAUCGUCACGUGGGAUGACAAAGCUUUUUACCUGGAGCAGAGAUUUGUGUCCACUAAAGAUGGGUUGGUGUGUGCAGUCAUGUACUGCAAGCAGAGCAUCAUACGCAGCAGCCCGGACAAGAUCAUGCAGCACCUGUGCAAGCGGAAGGUGGACUGCCCUGAGUUUCCAGAGGACCUCCAACACUGGGUCAAUUUCAUCUCUGCCAGCAGCCAGGCCCUCAGAGCCGAGAGUGGACUAGAAGAGAAGAGCAAAUGAGAAAUUGCAUGGGCAGUUUUAAGACAGGCUUUUUGUAAGACAGCUAAUGUAACAUGUCAGGGUUAAAAUGAAUUUGUCUUUGUUCACAUUACAUGACCUAAACACACUUGUGCCUUCAUAUAAAAAAAAAACAAGCUAUGUUUGCAGUUGCACCCAAAUACUUACACUCAACACUGGAAGAACUAGCAUACGAGAGUCUAGAAGCUGAAACUCAUGCAGUAAUAAUACAAUAUUAUGAUUGUAUGAAGUUAAUUGUAAUGUACUUUUACAGCAAUAAAACAAAUUGCUUUUGAAGUCU